AUGGUGGCUCUUGCCGUUGUUAUCAUCUUGUGCUUAGCUAUCAUCCAUGGUUGCCAUUGCAAGGGUCUAUUCAACGCGGCGGCGGCUUUACAUAAGGCUAGAGAUGCUGCGGACGGCAUCGUCGUACCCAAUGUUAGAGCUUUCAAUGUGUUGGAACAUGGUGCAAAGCCUGAUGGAAAGACUGAUAGUUCAAUCAAUUUUGUAAGGACAUUCGAAGCUGCUUGCAACUUCCAUGGAGAUGCAAUGGUGGUAAUCCCUGAUGGCGUGUUCUUAAUCGGACCUGUUUUAUUUUCAGGACCCUGUUUCAAUCCAUCUUUGUUGAUUUUUCAAGUUAAUGGAACUGUCAAAGCUCAACAUAAUAUGGCGUAUUAUCGAGGUGGUGAUGGAGAAGACGAUACAGAUUGGAUCACGUUUCAAGACAUCGACGGGUUGAUUCUUACCGGACAUGGCACUUUCUAUGGGCAAGGUUCCACGGUUUGGAGGCUCAAUGAUUGCUCCAGGUCUAACUGCGCCCGUUUGCCCGCCACAUUGAAGUUCAUCAAGGUAACCGAUGCAAUCAUCCGAGGGAUAAAAUCAAUCGACCCCAAAGGGUUCCACAUCAUGAUCAGCAUGAGCCGGAACUUCAGGAUUUUCGAGGUUGAUUUGCAUGCUCCUGAAAAUAGCCCCAACACUGAUGGCAUUCACAUGAGCAAAUCGGACCUUGUCAAGAUAUCAAGAACUGUCAUUGCUACGGGCGAUGAUUGUGUCUCAAUGAUCCAUGGAUCAACCAAUAUCAGCAUCAAGAAAGUCAUCUGUGGCCCCGGUCAUGGUUUCAGUAUCGGUAGCCUUGGCCACUACGACGAUGAGGCGGAUGUAAGUGGGAUCGUCGUGAAGAACUGCUCGUUAAGAGAGACAGACAACGGAGUUAGAAUCAAAACAUACAAAACCAACUCCCCGAGUAAAGCUUCGGGCAUAAUCUUUCAGGACUUGAUCAUGACUCGUGUUCGGAACCCCAUCAUCAUAGAUCAAGAAUAUGGAAACAAGAAACACAGUCGGUCAUCAAAAGUCCGAAUCAGUGACGUUCACUACAUAAACAUCCGGGGAACAUCAAUCAGCAAAGUCGCUGUCGAUCUACUUUGCAGUGCAUCUAAUCCUUGCCAAGGCAUUCAUAUAGACAACAUCAACUUGCAGUAUGCCGGUCCUCAGAAUGACAACCUGCCAUUCAGUUCCAAUUGUCGGAAUGCCAAGGUCGCUUACCAUGGUUUCCAAAGCCCUCCGCCUUGCCAUUAGGCAGUUUACAGUGAUCCGAAGUGACAUUUCUUACUGUCUGAGCCAAGGAAUUCAUGGAAAUACAGAGAAUAUAUGUGAAAAAAAGGAAACAGAAGCAGUAGAUAUAGCUAAAUGUACUAUUACUAUAUUGAUGUCAACAACAUAGAUCUGAUCCAUUUGUAAUUCCCAGAUUUUACUGUACAGU